AUGUCCGAAUUACCUGAAUUUCCUCGUCUUUUCCGCCUCGACGGCAAGGUGGCCGUGGUCACGGGUGGGUCUCGAGGCCUCGGACUACACACUGCUACAGCACUGCUUCUUGCAGGCGCAGAGAAAGUGGUGAUUGUUGCGCGAAAGGCAGAAGGUCCGCUUGGGUUCAAACAGGCCGUGGACAAACUCAAUGCCUUGCCUUGUUCUGGAACUGCGAUCGGAUAUGCCGCUGACCUCUCGAAGCCCUCUGACAUUGAGAGGCUUGUCGAUCUGUUAAAAGCAGAGCAUCGCGUUGACAUUCUGGUUGCGAAUGCGGCGGCGACAUGGGGAGGAGCCUUUGAACCCACGCCGGACUGGGCUGUCACCAAAGUGCUAGACUUGAACGUCCGCAGCAUAUUCCACCUCACAAGACUCCUCACGCCUUUGCUGGAGCGAUCUGGAACCGCCGACUCGCCGUCACGCAUCAUCAUCGUCGGCGCGAUUGCAGGGCUGUCGGUUCCAGUGGUGGGCAAGCAUGGCACAAUUAUGUAUGCAAUCUCCAAGGCUGCAGCACAUCACUUGGCUACAAAUCUGGCGGUUGAAUUGGGGCCACGCAAUAUCUGUUCGAACGUCGUGGCGCCGGGGUUCUUUCCGUCCAAGCUGGCCAACGGUCUUAUCGACCACUUGGGAGGCGUUGAAUCUAUGGCAGCUGCAAAUCCAAGAAGACGGCUGGGGAGUCCUGAGGACAUUGCUGGUGUGAUGGUCUAUCUCUGCGGUCCUGCAGGCUCAUACGUCAACGGGGCUGUGAUUCCAAUAGAUGGAGGGAACCACCUGCAGAGCGGACAGUUCGCAAAGCUAUAG